UUGGACUAUUCUGCGAAAUGUGUAGAGCCACGACCCCGACCGUCAGACGUUUGCCGGCCGUCGAAGAGAAUGGACUUCAUCGGCUACAAGCAUUAUAGACUCCUGAAAUUCUGCUUCUUCGCGACGGGACUGACACCGUACAAACCAACGCUGUUAAGCGUACUGCAUAUUACGAUCGUAUGUUUGAUACUUCUUCUCGGUCAAACGUUUUCCAUAAUAGAGGAAUGGUUAAAGGAUAUAAAACGUGAUUGGAAUCACAUACAAGACAUAGAAGAAUUUAAGAUACUUAAGACACACAUAGCGAUGGCAAAUCGUUACAUAAAUAUUUAUUUAAGUAAGAAGUAAAAUAAUUGUCGCAUAAGGCGGCGAGAAAACGUAUAAGGAUAAUAUUUUACAUUUAAGAUGCAUUAUAGUUACAGUUUGUACAUUUCAUGCUGGUUUCAUUAUUAUUAUGACGCUGUCUCUUUC